GAAUGCAGUUGUGUUCGUUGUGUAUGCAGUUACGCUGUUUUAACUCUCAGCUGAAUCACACGCUGUUUUCUUCGUUGAUCCAUCUCUGUCGCCACCCGAGGGAUCUCAGGAUGGCUGGCAAGAAGGGCUUCUUCGGCCCUUUGAUUCGAUGGCUGCUCAGCUGUUUCCGCGGUGUGGGUCGUGUCAAAGGCAAAGCACCCACGGCCCGCCUCAUCACAGUGGGGAACAGCCACUUCUGCGAGAAGGCGAGGUGGGUGCUGGACAUGAGCGGCACGCCUUACGUGGAGGACGCUCACAUGCCCCUCAUCCACUCGCACUUCACGGCCGAGGCCACACAAGGUGAGAAAGACAGACAAAGAGGGAGGCAAGGGCCGACAUACACACAUGUCGAUGGAUGCAGGUGGGUCGACGUCUGUGCCGGUGCUGGUCUUGGGUGAGGGGAAGGUCAUUACGGACUCGUCUGAAAUCGCUGACCACAUUGCAGCCGCCCAUCCGUCGCUGGAGCUCUACCCGCCCGAGCAGCGGGAGGCCAUCAAGGCCUUCGAGGAGGCGUGCAACACCACAAUGGCCGUGGCCAUACGGCGCAUGUUCUAUGCUGGUCAGUCAGUCAGUCCGGAGAAGGCAGCGAAGGAGGGAAUUAUGUGAGGCUGAUGCGUCCGUGUGUGCGUGUGUGUAUGUGUGCAGUCUAUUGUGACAACCUGUGGACCCAGUCGCUGCUGGCGCGGCUUUACUUCGGACAGAACAGCAUCAUCGAGAACAUCCUCUUGCCCAUCACCAUGUUCUUCGUAAGCCGCGCCACAUACAGCUGCUUGGCCGAAUGAGCCGCCUCCGGUGUGUCGCUGCUGCAUCAGUUCUCACGUCUGAUCAAAAGGGGCGGGAUGGUGGUGUCGCGUGUCGGCGAGUACCAGAGGGAUAUCGAACGAGUGCUGGAUGACGUCGAACAGAGACUCAGGUACCGAUCGAAGACGUCUAAGUGUUCACGUGUCGUAUUGCGGGGUUGUGUUGCGCGGUAGUGAUGGCCGUUCCUAUCUGUUUGGUGAGAGGAUGACGGCCGCCGAUAUCUGUUUCGCGUCCAUGGCCGCAUUGCUGGUGCGGCCGACGGAGCUGCAGACCAUCAUCGGCACUGACGCGAUCGUUCCCAGCACUUACAAGAAGCUGGUGAGACACAUCCACGUAUCAUCCACCGUGUUUGCAUCACUGCGUGUAUGUCAGGUGGACCACUACCGGUCUCGAAGGGCGGGGCAGUUUAUAUUGCGGAUGUACAGCGAGCACAGGCUGAGCGAAGGCGUCAAGGCGGCCCCGUUCAGACAAGAUCCAGCCAACAAGAUUCUCGGGCUGCGGUUCUGACUGACGUGCACGUAAAUGGUGUGCGGGGGCGUGUAGAGAGUGAGG